UCAAACUCUGUGGAAAGUCAUUCAAUAUCACAUGGUGUAAAUUCUCCAAUACAACCAUCUGUGAGAUCAUUCCAAAUAUGAAAAACAAAAGCAUCAGACAAGAAUAUCACGGAGAUGAUCUGAUCUCAUAUUUGAAAUUUAACUGGGUUUCCAUUAAUGAUGACGGGCUUUAUCGAUGUGAUUUAGGAAACAGUCAUGAAAGUGUCAGCCAUACCAUCAACAUCUCAGUUUCAGACCUAAACAAAGGGGUAGAAAAUUCUGAUGAUGAUGCUGUUGGUUCAAACAUUGUUGAUGAUGAUGAUGACCCCUGGCUGCCAUACUUCAUGAUCUGCAUCAGCGUUGUGUUUCUCGUCAUCACAGUGAUAAUAUUGACCCUUGUGUGCUUUCAUGGCUGGAAACGAACAUGGAUCUUCAACACGAAAAGGCAAGAGGAAAUAUCUACACAUAUGAUACCUGAACUUCCCAAGACGAGCGCCCCUUCUUCUCCCAUCCUACGAACUCAAAUCCCAGUUCUGAACGGCAUCGAGUCUUCAAGAAAAGCAGAAAGAACGACAUCAACAUCACCUGCUCUCGCUCACAUUGGGAACAGGCCAGCUGUUACAAACAGAGCAGCUAAAAUUCAGGCAUCAAACAGUGAAAUGUAUGCUGUCAUCAACUACCAACAAGGAGGGACACCAACCACAUCCUUGAUCAGCCCCGGCGGCAUGGUGGGUAUUGGGGGGCCUUGCCCACCCAUGCAGUCACCCGAGCCCACCCUAGACUAG